AUGCCUUUCAGCACUUUUGCCAUCGCUGGUGUCGGUAACAUCGGCUCCUUCAUAACUGAAGAGCUCCUCAAGCAAAAAGAUGCUGGCAAGGCUGCCGAGGUUGUUGUCUUGACACGAUCUACUUCCACCAACGAUGCCACCAAGGAGCUCGCCGCCAAGGGCGCAAAGAUCGCUCCUGUCGACUACACAUCGAAGGCAUCGCUCACCGCGGCGCUCGCCGGUGUCGAGGUUGUCAUCUGCACCUUCUCCCACUUGUUUCUAGAGGGAGAACAGAUUUUGGCAGAAGCAGCAAAGGCGGCCGGCGCGAGGCUUUUUGUUCCUUCAGAAUUUGGAAACCCCACGGAGAAUGCGGAGCAUGGGCCACUAGUGGCGAAGAAGAACUUCCAAGGCAAGCUGCGCGAGAUCGGACUUCCUUACGCCCUGUUUUUCACUGGUCCCUGGACUGACUUUUGUUUUGUUGGGUUCAUGGGCUUGGACCUCACCAGCGGCAAAGUGAUCGCUGGUGGCGAUGGCAAUGUCCCUAUCUCCUGGACUUCUCGGCGCGAUGUCGGCCGUUUCGUUGCCUAUGCCUUGACCACCCUUCCAUCGGAGAAAAUUGCUGGACGGACUUUCCGCGUUGAAGGCGAGCGUGCGUCCCUCAACGAGAUCUACAAAGCUUAUGAGGCGAAGACUGGGAAAAAAUUGGAAGUCACCUACAAAUCUAUCCCCGACCUGCAGACCGCAUUUGCUAGCAAUCCCCAAGAUAUUGCGAGCAUAUUACACUUCGCAUGGGCCCUGGGAGGUGGAGUGGUAGGAAAGGUAGAAGAUGUUACGAACGGAGAGUUCCCCGCUUUCAAUCCAGGCAAGGUUCUCGAAGUGUUGAAGGUUUAA